CGUCGCGUUAAGUUGUAAUUGCCGCCACGGAUAGGAUUUUAACCGAGUGUACCAGUAUCAUUGUAUAUUUCGCGCUCUCCACCAAAUAAAAAUAUAUAGAAUCCCAUCGGUCUUGCGGUCUCGAAAUAUUCGUACUCGGUGAGUCGCCGCAGCCGGACGUCACGUCCUUCCUCUUUCGAUUUCUAUUCCGAUUUCAAUUCCGAUUCCCGUUCGCGAUUCGUGUGAUAUCAUCCCACUCCCUGUCGGGUGUAUAAAAUGCAAAUGCGCUCAGUUUGCUAACUUUUUCCAAAAGGUGCUUCAGCAAUCGAUAAGUAACCACUGUCCUCCACUGUCCUAGUUGAAAGCCAAGCAAAGGGAGUCCUCCCAGCAAAAAUAUGGCCGAUCGCUUCCAGAUCUCAAAGGUGAACGGCACCACAAAUGCCGCAUACGAUGGCGAGGCUGGUACAGGUGCCGCAGGUGCCGAUCAGCCGGAUGCAAUGCAUCCUCCGUCCAGUACCGAGAACCACCUGCAGCCCAAGGCUCCGACCGAGAGCGGUGAGAAGGAUAGGCGGAGCUCUCGCCUAUCCUUCCGCGGAUUCGGACAUUUCCUACGCAAAUCGGAUGCGGAACGCAAAUUUAGUCUCGCCCAGCUAACAAAGGAAACUCUGCCGCGCCUGGACAACUACCGCAUUUCCAUGCGAAAUCUAAAGCGUCCUUCCAUCGGGGAGCUGCAGGGAGAGGCGGCUGAUCAGAGCAUUACCAUACCCGAACCCGAACCAGAACCAACUGGCGGUCACAUCAAGCUGGGCUGGAUUGUCGGCGUCCUGAUACCAUGUCUCCUCAACAUCUGGGGCGUCAUGCUCUUCCUGCGCCUCAGCUGGGUGGUGGCCGAGUCCGGCAUCUUGCAGACGCUGAUUAUAAUUACGAUCUCGGCGGUGGUCUGCGUCAUCACGACGCUUUCGCUGUCAGCCAUUAGCACCAACGGCGAGGUCAAGGGUGGUGGCGUCUACUUCAUCAUAUCCCGUUCGCUGGGACCCGAGUUUGGGGCAUCGGUGGGCGUGGUGUUUGCCUUCGCCAAUGCCGUCUCAGCCUCAAUGAACACCAUUGGUUUCUGCGAAUCGCUAAAUGUUUUGCUAAAAAACAACGGCCUGAAAAUCGUGGACAAUGGCAUUAACGACAUCCGUAUAGUUGGUUCGGUCACCGUUUUGGUGCUCAUCCUGAUUUGCUGCGUGGGCAUGGAGUGGGAGACGAAGGCACAGAACUUCCUGAUUGUCACCAUUGUCCUGGCCAUCUUCAAUUUCAUAAUCGGGGCUGCCAUUGGACCCAACGGCAACGAGAAUCAUAUCUCAAAGGGAUUCGUGGGCUUCUCCUGGAAUACCUUCAAGGAGAACUUUGGAUCAGACUAUAGGUACGCGGAGGGCGUAAACCACGACUUCUUCAGCGUGUUCGCCAUCUUCUUCCCCAGCGUAACGGGCAUCCAGGCGGGCGCCAACAUUUGUGGAGACCUCAAGGAUGCCGGAGCAGCCAUUCCCAAGGGCACCUUCUGGUCGCUGCUUAUCUCUAUGACCUCGUACGCUCUCUUCGUGCUCUUCGCCGGCGGCGCUGCUGUUAGGGAUGCCUCUGGCAUUCCCGGUGACCUGGUCAACGGCACCAUCAUUCCCUCGGAACUGCCCUGCAUGACCACCGGCAACUGCACUUGGGGUCUCUUCAACUCCUACGAAAUGAUGCAGGAGAUGUCCCUGUGGGGUCCGUUGAUCUAUGCCGGCUGCUUUGCGGCUACGCUGAGCACGGCCCUGACCAAUCUCCUGUCCGUUCCCCGAUUGGUGCAGGCUUUGGGCAUCGACCAGAUCUACCCGGGUCUGAUCUUCUUCUCCAAGCCGUACGGCAAGCAUGGCGAGCCCUACCGCGGCUAUGUGCUCACCUUCUUUAUCUCCACGAGCUUCCUGCUGAUCGGAGAACUCAAUCUGAUUGCUCCUCUGAUCUCCACCUUCUACCUGGCCUCGUAUGCCCUUAUUAACUUCUGCACAUUCCACGCGGCCUUCGUAAAGCCACUGGGAUGGCGGCCAACCUUCAAGUAUUACAACGCCUGGAUUAGUCUUUUCGGAUUCGCCAUGUGCGUGGCAAUUAUGUUCCUAAUCAACUACGUGGCUGCCAUUAUCACCUUUGGUAUCAUCUUUGCUUUAUACCUGGUGGUUAUGUACCGGAAACCGGAGGCUAACUGGGGAUCCACCACCCAGGCUCAGCAGUAUAAGGCUGCUCUAAUGGCGGUCACUCGGUUGCAGAAUGUCUCCGAUCAUGUGAAGAACUACCAUCCGCAGGUGCUGGUGCUCUCUGGAGAUCCCAAGACUAGGCCACCAUUGGUGGACUUUGGCUAUCUGCUUACCAAGAACAACUCCCUGAUGUUUGUGGCAAAUAUCAUACCGGUCCGCGUCGGCUACAAGAACCGCCAGCAUCUGAUGAAGGAUGGUCAAAAGUAUCUGGAUGCCCGCAAGAUCAAGGCCUUCUACAAUGUUAUCGAUGGGUUCAGUCUGGAGGAUGGAAUCAAUGCUCUGACCAAAUCCACGGGCUUCGGCAAGAUGUCACCGAACAUUGUGCUGGUGGGUUACAAGCCGGACUGGAAUCGCUGCCGCAAGGAGGAGGUGGAAAGCUACUUUUCCAUUUUGUACAACGCCUUCUCGCAGCGAAUGGGCGUGGCCCUGCUUCGCCUACCCAAUGGCUUGGACUUCUCAGAGUUGAGUUCCGAGGUCACAUUGCCUCCCAAUGGAAUGGGUCACAUGCACACGGCCAAUGCCCAGGGCUUCACCAAUGAACUGAUGCCGGCAGCUAAUGCCGCCUCAGAGCUCCUCCACAUCGACUCCAAUCUGAAUCUGGCCGGAAUGGAUAGUCCGAACUCUUCGUUCACGUUGCCCCAACCUCCACCGAUGCCCAAUAUGCAGCGCAGCUCCCGCAGCUACAAGGUGAACAGCACCGAUGAACCGGCCGUGACAUAUCACACCAAGGGAGGAUCGGAUAUUCCGCAGAACCUCCUCGAAGCCAUGACCAUCUUUACGAGGAAGCAGGCCAAAGGCACAAUUGAUGUUUUUUGGCUGUACGAUGACGGAGGUCUCACCAUUCUCCUGCCCUACAUCAUCUCCAUGCGUUCCCACUGGCAGAAUUGCAAGCUGAGGGUAUUCGCCAUGUGCCACGGCAAGGACGAGGAGCAGGAGGAGAAAAGCAUGGCCAGUCUGCUGACAAAGUUCCGCAUCAAGUACUCGGAGCUCAUCAUGCUGAAGGGAGUCUCCGAGCAGCCACGAGCGGAUACGCUUCUGAAGCACAAGCGCCUGAUCGAACCCUUCCGUCGUGGGGCUCGCAACGAGUUCGGAAUCACGGACGAUGAGCUGCAUAGCAUGGCCGAAAAGACGAAUCGGCAGCUGCGCAUCCACGAGCUGGUGGUCAAGCACUCGUCCAAUGCAUCUCUGGUUGUCAUGUCCCUGCCCAUGCCACGAAAGGAGGCCAUCUCGGCGCCGCUGUACAUGUCCUGGCUGGAGAUGCUCACCUCGGACAUGAAGUGUCCGGUGGCUCUGGCUCGCGGUAACCAGACGCCCGUGCUGACGCUUUACUCCUAGAUUAGGCCUUCGCUUCCAGUACGAGUACAAUUUAGUAUUAUUAGCGUUUAGGUGUUCCGCAUAGUUCCACCCGUAGUAUCGAGCUCAUCCCUGAUUGGAGUUGGACCUGUGACUCUUAGCCCACUUGAAAUUGAAUUCCUGAGCCUAGACUCUAGUUCCCAGAGCCUCCACUAUUUAAACACUAAACCUUUGACGCUAGAAACUAGUGAAAAUUGUGUGAAAUAUAUCUCACAUACGUAGGAUAUGUUUCGCAUGCAAUAGCUUUAAGUUAAUUAUGAUCUACUCUGAAUAAAUAUAAACGAUUUAAUUACA